AUGUUCUUGACCUCGUCUCUUCGUUCAAGCAUUACAUUACAAAUAUUACUCCAUGUCAAUAUUAUUUACACAAUAUUUUGGCAAAUAAUUGAAAUACUCUGUUUUAUAUUUAAAUUUUAUAAUUUACCCUAUCCGACAAAUGCAUUUGGUAUAGAAUUAUCAAUGACAUUUUUGUUAGUUUUAAACGAUUUUAUUCGACAAUUUUUUGGUAUUAAAGGCAAUUUAACACAACGCAUACCAUUGUUAAUUACAUUUUUGGUAUUCAAUGCUUUUUGUUCAUUAGGCUUUGUUUUCUUCCUCAUUUGGCAAUCCUAUGUCCAACGCGUUGAAAUUAUCCUAUCAUCGUUAGCAUUACUAAUAAUUCUAAUCGAAACCAUAUUCUCCAUUGUGACAAUAAUUCGGCUAAUAAUACCCGUAAAAUUUUUGACACCACAACAAAAGCUCGAUAGAAUACGAGAAGCCAGAGAAAAUUUUCAAAAAAAUAAAAGUGAAUGA